AUGAAUUUGGGUCAUUAUGUGAGUUCCAUCUCCCAAUCGUGCUGGCCGGACCGGAGAUCUGCAUCAAUAUCCCGUCGCCGGAGAUUUGCCGGCGUGAUUGACAGUUUACCUGGCGCCGGCUAUGUUCCGAUCCCCAAAUUGCUCCCGAUGGACGCUCUCAAAUGUCAAACCGGAAAACAGCCGGCGUUUCUGAUCGCCGUCCGCCGUAAGAAAGAGUUUGGGUUGGUUGAUGAGAUUCUGGGGAUACUUAAAAAUGCUAAUAGACAUUUGGUGGACAAAAUUGGUAACUUGGUAUUGAUGAAUCCGAUUACUGAAGCCCUUCUUGAUCAGCACCUCAAGGUUCUGAUUAGUGAAAUGGACUAUCCAUGCAUUAUGGAAAUGUUUCCAGAUGUUUGGGCUCUGCAUGUAGAACGUGAGUUACGCUGGGUUCUGGAGGAUCGACUUGUUGAUGAUAGACAUCCUAAUUUUCAGCAAGCUUCUUAA